AUGUCGUCUUUAGUAAGACAUUGGACUAAGGCAAUUAAGGCGAAAUCAUGGAGAUCAGCUGACAAUGCCAGUUUAGGACCUGCUAAUCAUUUAAUUAACCUUCUUAAUCAAGUACUCCCUGCUGGGUUCUUCAAGAAGCAAUUGACAUUCGGUGAUAAAGUCCCCCCCGGGUUUCAAUUCCUUUACAACUUACAGAACAACAUCGUGAUGGGACGUGAUGGGUAUGAUGAUUUCCAGGCACCAAUGGUGAAGAACAAGGAGUUAUUCCGAAGAAGAAUGUGGGUCCAAGGGAAAUAUGAUUUUGGUACUGCCUAUACCAAUGGAGAAGAAACACAGAAAAUAGGACAAGAGUUAUGGUGUAAUGAAACGAUUCCUACUGUUAGAAGUCUUAAUGAGGGAGAGUCGGUGUUUGUGACUAUUGAAAGAGAUUUUGGAGCCGUCAAGGAGUUUAGAUCAUUAGUAUACACCAACAAACAGUACGAGCUACCAUUAAGUUCUGGUGGCAGUGAAGGUAAGGAAAGUGAAUGGCUCAGUUCAAAUGGAUACAAUGAGGUUAUUGGACUCAAUGAGUUGCAUCGAAUGAAUGUGAUAAAGUAUUCAUUCUUGACUUACAAUGUUCAUAAGAUCCAUUUGGAUCAAGCAUAUGCUGAACUGGAAGGGUUACCUGAUUUAAUUGUUCAAGGCCCAUAUUUAGCCACCAUUCUUUUACAAUUGUGUCCCCCUAAAGGGCUUGUUGGGUUCAACUAUAAGAAUGUACAGCCAUGUUUUGUGGGAGAGGUUCCAAUGGUGUAUAUCAAACGGGAAGAUAAGGAGAUCAAGCUUGUUAUGGUUGAUGGAUCAGGUAGUAAGCGGAUCAUUGAAGGAGUAGCUUCAUAUGAUAAAUCUACAACUGAGUAG